GUACGCUUAGCGUUAGGUUGGUUGGCGUAUUGCCAACAAUAAAUUAAGCGCCUACUGCGAUGGUCAUAGCAAAAUGUUUUGGUAUUGAUAAAAUUAUAGGUUGCUUAGUCGGUUUUUAAGGAAUACAUAUUUGGAAAAAAUCUAUUUCGCCGCGUUAUUUUUACGAAGUUUAGACUUUUUGAGUACGCUAAGGGUCUUUAGUGCACUAUUUUAGAUCCGAUCCGAUCCAGACAAUUAAUAAUAGCAUUAGCAUUUCCUAAUUUCUAUAACUUUAUACCAAUUCAUUCUAUAUCAAAAUAUACCUUAUUCCAUUGCAAUAAGUACCAACGCACCAAUGCCAGUAAAGUAAUCAAACAUGCGCAAUCGUAGUCUAGUCAAACGCAGUCUGACAGUUCGUGUGAGGUUAAUGGUCGACUCGCUCGAAAUAGUUUUGAUUUUGAUAAAUAUUUAUAUUCAAAAUUCUUCUCAAUCAUGUAGAUUCGCAAUAUAAAACAGUAAUACCCUUUCCAUUUUAAUAUUAUGUUGAUCCCUAGUACUAGUGACAGGAAGUUAGCAAGGAAAUAUUGUAAAUAUAUGAUGUUUCUUUGUCAUGAGAAUAGUUUUUCUAAUACUUAUCGAUCGAUUACGAAAUAGCAUUUAGCUUGUUUUGUUAAACAGUGUAAAUGAUUUUCAUUAAAAUAGCUAGAGUAUACUAUCUAAAUUUGCGAGAGGCCGUCUCGGCCGGAAUAAAGACGCGUUAACUCGAGCUACGCUAACGUGUUAUGUGUGAAGUGUUUACUCAAUCCGACCUAUUCACAGCCAGUUAAAUUUGCUUAAAAAAGCCAUUAAAUUAAAGUGGAGAUUCGACGUCGCUACUUGGAAAAAGAUAAGGAGAGGUGUGUCUAUGUGUAGCUCCUGAGGUCACUUCCAUGUAUUGUUGCUCGUUUCUUUCACGUUUGGGCGUCGGGAUGGCGAGUAUGAGUUCGACGCUCGUCGAGACCGUCUCUAUAAACUACGAGGACUUUAACGAGAGCUUCCUUACCUGCGGCACAUGUUUAUGCACUUACGACGGCGGUGAGCACACGCCUAAGCUUCUCCAAUGCUCACACACGGUUUGCUUACAUUGCCUCACUCGAAUAGCCGCCUCACAGACCAGAGACGCUGGUAGCUUCCGAUGUCCCAUCUGCCGCGAACUAAUAACUAUACCAAGAGGCGGGGUACAAGCGUUACCACCCUCGUUCCUCGUCAAUCAGCUUUUAGAUUUAAUGGCCCGACAGAGAAGAGAAGUCAUUCCACAGUGCAGUUCUCAUCCUGGUCGCGAGCUGCUAUUUUGUGAGACUUGCGACUGCGUUUUCUGUCGACAUUGUGCUGACGGGCCACACAGCGACACGCCUUGCGACCAUACUGUAGUACCAUUCUCUAUAGCGUUAAAAAGAAUGUCUGAAAUUCUACUAUAUAGAGCAAAUGAGUGUUUAAGUAAGCUUGGUUCAGCAAGAGAUGCGGUUGCCAGUGAGUUGAGAAGGUUAGAGGCCGCGGCCACUGCAGCUGAUGAUGCUAUAGACAGGCAUUUUAAUGAAUUGAAGGCUGCCUUAGAGAAACGACAUAGCGAACUGAAGUCGGCGGCGUCGGCCGCUGCCACGCAUAAAAGGAAAUUACUUGAAGAACAGUUAAAAUUAAUAGACGCUGAGAAAACCAAGGUUGAAGCAGAAUGUUCAGGCCUCCAACAACAAGUGGAAGUCCGCGAAGUAAGCAGCCGAGCGGCAGCAUUAGGCGCUCGGUUAGGAGACGCGGCGGCGCUGGCGGAGCCCCGCGAAAACGCUUUCUUGGCUGUGGACUUUGGCCAUAACGAUGCUCAGCAGAGAUUCGCGGAAGCACUGGCGGAACUUGGGAGAGUAAGGACCAGUACGACGUUUCCUGGCCUGUGUACUUUGCAAUUAGAAUCCGGGUGUGUUUGCGGCUUGGAAGUGAGCGUAAUUCUCCGCACGGUGGAUUAUCACGGCGAAGCGCGAAGCACAGGCGGCGACCCCGUCAGUGCGGCCGCCACGUUAGACGAUGCGCCUCUACCCUGCACCGUCACGGAUCUCGACUCUGGUCACUACAGGAUCACGUUACGACCUUGGGCGGCGGGUGCGCUGACGGUGCGCGUGCUGGUGUUCUCGCGCGCGGUGCGGGACUCGCCGCUGCGCGCGGACGUGGCGGCCACGGCCGCGCCGCUGCUGCUGUGGGGCGCGCGCGGCGCCGGCAAGGAGCAGCUCAGCCAGCCCGUGGCUGUGGCCAGGUGUCCAAAACGCCGCGAGAUCUACGUGCUGGACGCGGGGAACUCGCGCGUGAUGGUGCUGGACGAAGAAACUUUCGCCUUUAAGUCACACAUCGUUAAUGAAGGUUUAGCAGGUCGCAGUUGUACCGGGAUCGCGGUGACGGCGGACGGCAUAGUUGCUGUCAAUUGGCGGACGCGAACACUCACUGAGGUGAGCGUAGAAGGUUCAACGCUGCGCACUAUCAAGUCGGAUCGUCUGGUCGAGCCCGUGUGCGUGGCGUGCGACCCGAACGGUCGGCGACUAGCCGUCGGCGACAACGGCGCGCGAUGCGUGUUUUUGUUUGACGCUCAUGGGGCGAUAGAACGAGAGGUGGGCGGCGGGUCGCUGGGGCUGGUGGGCGGGCUGGCGCUGGCGGGCGACGUGCUGGUGGUGGCGGACGCGGCCGUGCGCGUGUACGACGCCAGCGGCGCGCUGCAGGCCACGCUGGCGCCCGUGCCCAAAGGUCGCGGCGGCUACGGCGGCGUGGCGCUGGAGGAGUCGGAGGCGGGGCGCCACAUCGUGUGCGUGCGCGCGGCGCGCGGGCGGCCCGCGCUGCUGGUGCUGGAGGCGCGCGCCGGCCGCGUGCUGGCCGCCUGCGAGCUGGCCGAGCGCCGCCCGCGCCGCGUCGCCGGCCUGGCGCUGCUGCCCAACAAGAGGGCUCUGCUGGCCGACUUGGCCGGGAACUGUCUCCGGCUGCACACCUACUGGUGAAUGAAUGGAAAGGCGAAGUAAGGGAACGCUUCAAGCUGCCAUUAGGCGUAUCGCAAACGAAUUUCAUGCUAGUCGAAUAUUGCAACGGGGAAUCGAACUGAAGGCCAUAAGCGUGGGCGGUACUCGUACCAAAGUCAAUAGUCGCCGUAAGGCUUCUAUCUUAUCCAUAGACAUAUAUCUAAAUAGACGUCGUAUUUACCGCGAUUUGAUAUAAAGCGUGAGCAUCAAUUGAUUCUAAUCUUUAAGGACACGUUUACAUUAGGCUUAUAAUUUGCGUCUCACAGCGAGCCUCCACCACUGACUGAGCUUAAUGUGCCCUAAGCAAUCUUUAUCAAAAUUAAAAUCAAAUAUAGUCAGAAAUUUAUAAAUCCGUGUAAAAAGCCAUUUGGUUAUCAAAAAACACCCCUUCACACAUUCUCGGAAAAGAUUAAAAGCUGCACGCAAAGUAGGCGAGUUUAGGUGUUCUACUUAGAUAUAUGUCUGUGAUCUUAUAAUUUACAAUGUUCUUUAGUACUUACAGUAUUUAUUUACGUAUUAAGUCGAUUAAGUUUUUCACAAUCAUGUCAAAGAACGAACUGGGUUUUUUCGUUGGUCCUUUAACUUUUUGGUUUUUAAUAUAUUUGGCGUAUAGUGAUAAGUAUUUAUAUGAUUAUAUAAUCGUUUGAAAAAUUAUGAUAUUUAAAUGCUUCGAAAUAUUGUUAUUGGCGUUAAAAAUCUCACUUUUGACUAGUCAUUCGACGGUGGCAUUUAUUGUUAUCUAAAUUUCGACACUUAAUCUCGAUGUGAAAGGGCAGAUGUAAAUUGUCUGCUCAGCACAAAUUCAUGACAAGGGUGGUGGCAAAUUGUGAGACUGAAAAAUCCACGCCUCGUUGAGGAGAACAAGAGAAUUUAUACUCUUAUUCGUAAUUUGAUUCCAAAGAUUGCACUAACAACAAUACUCUUUAAUCUUAACUGGCCAUUGAGAACCUUAUGCCUUUGCAAUAAUGUCUACGUGUAAGUUAACACAUUCACUGCCAACGUUUUCGUAGCGCUACGCUCGUAGCCGAUCCCAGCGUUUUCCUGCUUUGUGGAGGACAGUGACAACGAACAGAGCCCGCCGCGCGGGUUUUCGGCACUCAAUGUGUUAACAGUGAGAACGUUGGUAAACGUCUAUCACUGAGUAUCAAAACUGUUUCGUAACAAUAAAAAAAUAUAGUGCAUACUUGCACUAGUGGCCUGGCGGUAAGCGCGUGCGACUUGCAAUCUGGAGGUCGCGGGUUCAAACGUCGGCUCGUACCAAUGAGUUUUACGGAACUUAUGUAUCAUUUGAUAUUUACCAGUCGCUUUUCGGUGAAGGAAAAUAUGGUGAGGUAACCGGACUAAUCCCAAUAAGGCCUAGUUUAUCCUCUGGAUUGGAGGGCAGAUAGCAGUAACUUUCGUAAAAACUAGUGCCUACGCCGAUUCUUGGGAUUAGUUGUAAAGCGGACCCCAGGCUCCCAUGAGCCGUGGCAAAAUGCCGGGAUGACGCGAGGAAGAUGAUGAUGACUGCAUACUUGCACAAAUAAUGUGAAGUCUAUCAAAUAAAUAUCAAUAUAUUUUAUAUAUAUGUAGUCAAUAUAAGUAUUCGUCAUAAUAAAGAGGUUUGACCUGAAGUUGGUGUCUUCUGGGCGCUGGUUUUUGGAAUCAAAUUGUAAAUAAGAGUAUAGUUUCCUAAUUAGAUUUAAGAACAGAAAUAAUGGUUAAUAUGUGAGCAAUUUACCAUGAUCCUUUUUGGUGUUCAAAAUUCUAAUUUUGAAAUGCUUUGCGCACGAUAUUAUCCUAUCAGAUAUUAUUACUAAGUAUCAAAUUUGAAGCAACAAAUCAGCUUAAACAAAAUGUAUCUCAUUUUUACAUUUAAGAACGUUUUCAUCCUUUACUCAUUUGCAUUGUUUUACCACUUUAUUAUAAAUUUGCUCAAUGAAUACGGAAACACCAUAUCACGUAGUUGAUGCUUCCAUUUUGCUAGUUUAGAUGUUAAAGCAUUCGUUGUAAAAAUAAAAUUAAUAGAAGAUCUGUGGCGUAUGUUGGUAGUGUACAUCUCUUAAGAAACGGACACUAAGAUUAGACUACGGUUUGACCCUUAUAUCGCCACAGUCACGAUAGGACGACAAAAUGAAACCACGAAAUAGAUAACGGCGACCUUAGAGGCCAAAUAUAUCGGAACACAAUGUUCCGAUUAGGGAUGUCAUGAAUAUUCCUAUUCGCAUCAAAUGAAGCGAAAGUUUUGCGAAUGCGAAUGUGCGCAGGUCGUGUCCUGUCUCUUCGACUCUCGUAGGGGCAGUGCACGCAAACUGUUUCAAAGUAAUGCAUUUCCACCAGAAGACAGCAUUUCCUAAUACUAUAACAUGCCCUUCUAAAGUUACAUAUGUUUUAUGUACUAACAGAUUUUUUUUUUUUUUUUCAAAUUAGGAACGAUAAUAACAACUGCAUAUUCCCUUAAAUUCGUAUUUGCAUUCGGACAUUCGCAUCCUGGACAUUCGGAUUCGCAUUCAUGAAUGUGAAUUAUGUGACAUCCCUGGUUCCGAUAUAUCUGUGUGUUCAACACAUCGUUAUUUAUAUGGUACCAAAGAGGUAUAUAUUCAUCUAUUUGAUGCUGACUUUACAAAAAAUAUAAUUAAUUGCUUCAUAUUUCCUUCAGGAUUGGAUCUAGUAAAUAACUUAAUAAUUCGCUGUGGCGCUAAAAGGAUUAAACGAAUUGGAUUUCAUCUAGUUGGAGUUGAAAAGUGCACCGUUUUCCUAUUAUCAGUAUUGUUACUUUUUAAACGUACGACCUAAUAAUUUAAUACAAGGGUUCCAGAAUAGCGUCUGUUAACUACUUAAACACUACAGUAUUAGAAAAUAACGUAAAAUUUAGAAGGCAACUGUCACCUAUAAUAUAGUAUGAAUUUUUUGAAAUGAUUUUUUAAUCCGGCCCCUAAUCUGUUAUACAGUCAAGUGUAAAAAUAUGGGUGUACACAUCUUACUCAAUAAUAUGUCCCAUAGCAUCUUAUUCCAGUGUAAUAAGUGCGUAGUACGAUACAUAUUUUUGCACUUGACUGUACAAGUGACAGCGUGAGGGCCUGUGAUGCUGAGUGUAAUAAAAAAUAGAUGAGUGUAACAGUUACCACCCUCUGUUAGUCGCCUUCUAUUUAUCUUUGACCUCCACGACUAUCUUAACACGCAAUUGUCAACUUUACAAAAAUGUUUUAAAGUCCAUUUGUACUUUAACCUUUGUCGGCUAUAGCCGACUUUGGCGGUCAAAGAGGUAAACUCUUAAAAGGAAUAGAACGAAGGUAUAUAACGGCCCUUCUUUUCUUAAGUGCAAUGUCCUUUAAAUACCGAAUUAUUAUGAUUAAUUUAGCUGUAACUAUCACCCAAUAUAUAUGUGUCUAUUUUGUCAAGAGAAAGGAAAGCCAUGGAUAUGACAAUACGAAAUCAACUAAUGACUUGUAAUACGUGAUAUUAAUAUAAUGCAUUUAAUAAACACCGAAUUAUACAGUAAGAACACAACCGUGGGUUGCAACGAAAUAGCUUUUUUAACCACCUACGUAAGGGCACUUGCACUAGCCAGGGUUAGUCAGAGUUAACCGUUAACACAGGAUAACUCCGGGUUUUAUUGGUUAAUCCCGAUGGCGCAAGUGGCCUAGUGGUUUAAUCUUUAAAAAAUCACUUUGUGAUGAAAUCUACCUAACGACAUGUGUCUAUUAUCAGUUGUUUUAUUGCUUUGUCACGAAAUUUGAAGGUUUGUCACUUUUGUAAUAGCAUUAAGGUUCAAAAAUGACAAAGCUUCAAAUUUCCUGGCUGAACGUCACAUUAUGCUUUUCUUUCUAAUUAACAUGCAAUUGUUGCAUACUCUUGUACAAUAUGUAAUAUUUGUUCAGCUGCUACUUUUUACACUAACCGAUACUAAUGUAGUACCAGUACAAGCUACAACUCACAAAUGUUGUAUGUUUGCUUUACUUAUGCAUAAAUGAAUUUCAAUUGUGUGUUGAGGCAACCAUUGGCGUGUGGCGUUUUUAGUCAUUCGUUUUGUAAUGCAGAUCAUGUUUUUUUUUCAAUAGCUAAAGAGAACAUGCAUAUCAAAAGAUAUGGUGAAGUAAACAUGAUAAAGGCAAGAGUUGUCACAGCUUAAUGAAAUGUUAUUCAAAUUGUAACAAUAAGAAAUGUAUUACAAUACGAGGCUUUUAUCUGUUAUUAACUAGAUUAAAUCAAAAUAUUCAUAAUAAGAACUUGUAAUAACAAUCAUAAUAUAAAAAAAUAUCAAAACCCACUAUUAUUCGUUGUUAGAAAUUGUGAUUGUUUUGUACAAAUCAUUUCGAAUCAUUCAUUUUGGUUAAUUGUAUUGCUAGUUUUGAAGCGUACUGUUAGUAGGUACCUCGAGGAAACGAGUCAAUUAUGGGUACACAAGAACUGUGAAAAUGGCAUUAAUAUAGAAUAAUAAGAACCGAAUCGCCAAGCAACAGGUCAGGAUUUGAGUAUUAGUUACUCUUUCAUGUUUCGAUGGAAAAUGAAUACCUACAGUUUGUACGCUCAAUGAAAACUUUGUGUAGAAGUGACCCCAUUUUCAAUGCUUUUGAGUACCUAUAUAAAAAUGUUAUAUAUACCCUUUUCAACGUGUGUGUGUUUUUAACUACCUUGACCAUCUCAAAUUUGUCACGCUGUAUACAUUUAAGCUUGACGCACACACGUGGGCGGGCGCGUGCGGGUGCAUUUUUAUGCCCUUCACACAUAACGCGGGUCGAGUCGACGGCGCAGUAUGAAUGCUCAGCAGCAGGUCCUAGUCUGCAUUAAGGCCCAUUUUAUUUGUAACAAAAUACAACGUAAAUGGCCAAAAUAGAAUGUGCUGUGUGUGGUCAUAUAAAACUAGCUGAAUAGACGCACCGUGGUCUCGCUGGGUCACGCACCCGACCCGCCCCACUUGUGUGCGUCAAGCUUUGCAACCCAAAACUACUCAGUGAAUAAAUAUGAAUGAACGUAAUAAUGUUAAAUAGCACGUGUGGCUUGCUUUCUAUUGGGAUGUUUCAACAAAGCAAAUUAUGAAAAAAACCUAUUACAAUUUAUCUAACCAAUUUACUUUGGCCACAGUCGACGUCAAACAUGUACUAUGUAGGUAAUCAUUUUUCGCCUUAUAACGUUGGAAUAUGGUGCAAAAGUGUUUACAUACUUUCGACGUCUACUGCAUUUUGUCAAAAUGAUCAAUGAUUAUCGUCAUAAAUCGAUUUGUUACGAUGACGCCCUUAUUGUCUUCAAUUGUAUAAAAUAAGGUCUAGUCUCAAAUAGUGAUCACACUACAUUUCCUUCAAAAUAUGUUUAUGUGGAAGUGUUUUUUUUGUCUUAAUCUGUUUAAAGAAACACAGAAUAUUGAUAGGACAAUAUACUAUAAGUAUCUGUUUUUAGUUAGUUAUUAGCGAAAUGAAGGUUAGCGCCCGACUGAAAUAACCUAUAGGUUAAGAUUUCUCAUGAUACCGCCUAAAAAUUGGAAAAUAUCUAAGAUACCCUUUCUCCUAGUAACCCAAAAAGCUUUGGUAUCUUAGGAUAGCGGUGCCGUCAUAUGUGACGUUCCACGACGAAAAGUGGCGCCGCAAUACUAAUGCGGGUACUACGCGACGUAAGCCGUGGCCGUACCUUUCGUCGUGGAACGUCACAUAUACUGGCCGCAAUACGGUUGAAUAACAUCAUUAGAACGUCGAAUAUGUAAAUAAAAUGGCACGGUUUCCGAGAGGGCGGCGAUUGAAGGAACAUUGUUUUUGCGUCCGUAAUAUUACGGAAGCUAUAUGACGGCACCGCUAUCGUAGAAAACUAGAGCUUAAGUGCCACAAAUAUUUAAAACUUUUCUCAUUAGAUACUUUGUGUUCUAGCUUUUACAUCUACUGCGGAUGUAGUCGAUGGCAAUAGGCAGUCGGUUUAAGUGUAAUAUACUUCAGAAUAGAAAUAUCUAAAUACCUAUCUUUUCUUGCAAAAUAUGUCCGAUAUUUGUGGCGUUCAUAGGGCAGGUAGGUAUUAUAUAUUUUGAGCUACGCAUAAAACAGGUACAUUCAAAUUAAUAAAUAUGUAUACAUUUCAUCACCUUAAUCCAAUGGAUACAUUAUUAUGCGACCAAUCAAGCAUACCUAAAUACUAAUGCGUGUAGUACUCGUAUACACAUUAGGUCAUCGGGUCUUUAUGAUGUGUACUUGUAUUCCUUGCUCAGGAGUAAGUACCUGCAAUAAUGGAAAACCUAUGAUUUUAAGUCAAAGUGAAUAUUAAAAAUUCAGUCGCAAAAUAUUUAGGGAUUACUUAAUUACUAUUUAUGUGAAUCGAACCGAGCUCUGUAUCAAAAGUAAAUGAAAAUAACUCUUUAAAAAUAUUAUUUUUGUACUGAUUUAAAGUUCCUUUGUUUCUAUCUGUCCAUUGUUAUCUACUGUUACAAUAAAAGUAUAACGUGAUAGGCUGUAGUUUCAGAAAGGAUUCGUAUUACGGCUACUAUACCAUUAAUAAUUAUAUAAGUCAGCUUGUACUUGUAUGUAUAUUUGUUAUAACUUGAUAAUGUACACUUCAGUCGAUAUCCGUUAGAUUUAGCGCAUGAUCAAGCUCGAGUUUUUAUUCAUGGAAUGGCAAGCAAUCUCAGAUUAACACUGUUAUAGGCCAUCGCGACGCAUGGAGGAUGUCUUUGUAUUAUAAAUAUAAACCAUUCUAUGAAUCUCUUAUUAGAAUAAUUUAAGAAAAAUAUGUUACACCCUGUUACCGUUCUAAAGACGGUGUGCCGUCAACAAUAUUUUUUGAUUUAAAUUACAUUCUUAACGCACCCAAUAAAGUCUUCAUUAUGAAAUAUGCAUUAAAAAUACUUUUUUGCGCAAUGUUAAAUUAUUAAAAUUUAAUUCGAUAUUGCAUCUAAAAUAGUAAACAUACAUUUGACGUCAACUGAUUGUCUUUUAUUAUAGUCACGGUGUUUGAAUGUUGAGCCAUUGCUUUUGCAUUACAUUGGACACUUCAUAGCAUAUAAGUAUUGAAAAACCAAAUUGGUACACUAAAAGACCGUACGUUUAUUGUAACAUUUGAACAAAAAUUCUAUAAACGGCAUAAGCCUCUUGCUAAAUUGUUUGGGUCAUGUUGAAUGAUUUUACAUAAAUAUAUCAAACGUCCAACACCUAAAGCUCUGGUUUCCUCGGAUAGCGCUACCGUCAUAUAGCGGCCGUCCCCAUACAAAAUAAUACGGCUGGAUGGAGUAGUAUUAUGGAGACGAAUGCUAUAUGACGGUACCGCUAUCCUAGGAAACCAAAGCUUAAAUGAAUUUAUUUCUAACAGCUCCUUCACACUGUUUUAGAUAAUUCAGAUCAGUUAGAGAAUUACGAAGAUAGUUGCACCGAAUAGCAUUGAGGUGGUGUGAAGGGGCUACGCGUAGUGCAUCCGUCACAAAUGCAUCCGCCACUGCCUUGUAACUCACGUGCAUUUUUAGAAAUAUUCAAGAUGUUGAUCGUCUUAAUAGAAGUCACAAUAUACCUAAACUUAAUGUUAAGGCAAAAUAGAGCAAAAUUGUAAUUACAUAAUCUUAAUAUAAAUACAGUUGCAACAGCAGAUUGGUACAAAAUGUAAGAUUUAACAGAAGCAUAUGAAGAUAAUUAUUUUUAUGCCAUAGCGAAACAGAUAUUUAGAUUGGUAGUAAAGAGUACUUGUUAAUUUAAAAAAAGAAACUAUUUUGGCAUCAAUAUUUUAUAAUAAUUAAAAAGGAAUUGAGUAAACGCACUGUUUAUUGUAAUGUCAAUGCUCUUUGUUUGUCAAAAGCUGUGAAACUGUACUUAAUUUGUAAAUCACGAAGUAUCUCAGUGUACUUGUUGAUGGUCACUUUUGUGAGAGAUGGUGACGUUAAUAAAUCCUGUAAAGGUACAUAAUUA